AUGGGGAAUCCCCUUCUAAAGCAGUACCAUGUUGAUAGCGAACCGGUUAUUCGAGGUACCCGACAUGGACGAUGGACUGUGCACAGCGGGUACCACUUGGACAGACCGGCUGUCCCUGUGUCCCUCUUUGUAUGCAAUUUAAAGGCCCCAGAAUUUGCUGCUCUUGCUCCCGAGGGUUCCGUGCUGCAGCAGCUACGCGAGCUGCUGCAGCAGGAUGCGCAGCUGCUGCAGCGCCUACGUCACCCUCGGCUGCUGCAAGUGGUUGAGCCGCUGCAGCAAGGCAAAGACUCAUGGGUUUUCUGCACAAAACCUGUUCUUACUUCUCUUAGACGUCUCCUAGGGGCCCACACUACCAGAGGGGGGGCCCCUUCGGGGUACUGCCCCCCCGGUGUAGAGAGGAGUUCUAGCGCUUCCGGCAACACCAUCACCAGCCUGAGCAGCAGCAGCAGCAGCAGCAGUAGCAGCAGCAGCAGUAGCAGCAGCACCGCAGCCAACAGCAGCGGCAGCAGCAAAAGUCAUGGAUCUAACGGGCGAGGCCUGGGGUGGCGCGUUGCAGGGGGUGAGGGUUUGUCUUUGUUGGAGGUAAAGUGCGGUUUAUUAGAUAUAGCGGAGGCUCUCUCUUUUCUGCAUGGAAGCGCUCAGCUGCUGCACCUGAACGUACACCCGGAGAGUAUAUUUAUUGAUGAGAAGGGCCGCUGGCAGUUGGGGGGCCUCUUCUUUGCGCAAGAAAAAACACAAAAAGACGGAUCCAAGCCAAUCUGUAAAUUCACUUGCGGAUCGGGAGGCGGAGGAGUGGCGCUGUGCCCCCCCCUUCGCUACACCGCGCCUGAGAUCUCAGGUGUCUGUCCAGCUGCUGUCUCACCAGCAGCAGAUGUAUUUUCUUUUUGUCUUCUUGUUUGUGAGUGCCUCGGAGCAAACAACCUCCUUUCGUGCAGAGAUGGGGACCUAGAGGCGCACCGCCAACAGUGUUCGAUGCUUUCUCCCGUCCGUUCUUCUGCCUUCCCUCCUGGGUCUCUUUUCCAAGAAGCAGCAGCAGAAGCAGCAGCAGCAGCAGCAGGAGCAUCGGGAGGAGCAGCAGCAGCAGCAGGAGGAGCAGCAGCAGCAGCAGCAGAGUUUUUGGAUUUGUUGUCUCGGGGCCUCAGCACUAACCCCGCUGAUCGCCCCCCCAUCGAUGUCUUCACAACAAAUAAAUUUUUGCUGUCUUUAGAGGCGCGCGCUCUGAAAUUUUUGACAUUUCUGCACGAGAAAGAGCAGCAGCAGCAGCAGCAGUUUCUUGCAGGGCUGCUACCGUUGCUGCAGCAGCAGCAGCAGCUGCAGCAGCCACAAGUCCUUAGGGUUUAUGUACUCGAUCCUCUCCUUGCUGCUCUUAAAUAUCCUUCUCUCCUGCCUUCGUUGCUGCCAAACAUAUUCUGGGUUUUAAAGAAGGUGAAGCAGCAGAUUAUAUAUUUUGUUUUUGUAUUUACGUUUUUCUUUCUUAUUACGGUGCCCCCUUCGCUGCUAGCAAACAAAGAACUGCUCGAAGAUUUUGUUUGGCCGCUGCUGCGCCCGCUGCUAACUGCGAGAGAAAUUCAAGUUGAGGCUGUCAUUCAUUUGCUAAUUGAAUUUAAAUUCUUAUCGGACAAUCUAAGCAAAGAAAUCUGCAGUAAAGAGCUUCUGCCCUUCUUGCUGAAGUGUCUAGACAUUCAAGCCACUGAAAUCCAAAAGACAGCAGUGGAUGUCUUGAGGGUUUGUUUUGCAUCUUUUGGGUACUCCGACUACCGCACUCUGUUCUUGCCGCGCAUGCUGACGCUUAUUGCAAAUGCAGAGAGCGAGGAGGUGCGAGUGAAGUGUUUGGAGUGUCUCAGUGCAAUGACGCCUUCCUUCGAUCGUUCAAUCGUGGAGAAUCAAAUUCUUCCCGUGUUGUUGCAGGUGGAUGAAGACCGCCGGAGGCAUUUUGCUCUGAAGGCAGAGCAGCAGUCGGCCGUUGCUGCUGUCCUUCCCUGUCCAGCAGCAGCUCCUGCUGCUGCUGCUGCAGCUGCUGCUGCACCUCCUUUGUCUACUCCAGCGAUAUCUCUGGAGUCGUUUUUCUCACAAACAGCAAAUUCAAUAACAACAACAGCACAGCAACAGCCUUCGGAGCCUUUUAAGCCUCCACCCCCUCCCCCACCCCCCGUAGCUAUGCAGCAGCAGCAGCAGCAGCAGCAGCAGCAAGAGCUGGAGAGCGAUGUGGAGCAGCUUUUCACUUCUCUCUCGGCCCGGCUUCAGCCAUGCAUUCGUAGCCCGGCGGCAGCAGCAGGCAGCAACACAAGCAGCAGCAGUAGCAGCAGCAGCACUGCAACGAAGCCCUUUUGCCCUGCGCCUAAUAGUCAGUUAGGAUUGGAGGAAAUUCUUGCUGCUGCUGCUGCAGCUGUGCCGCAGUCAACAUCGCCAGUGCUAGGAGGCCUGAUGGGUUCAAGUCCUGCGGCUAGCCAGCUAGCCAUGAGUACACCGCAGCUAGCUGCUUUGACAGAUGCAGCACUACGUACAAAUGCAGCAAUCACUCCAAACAGAAAUAUAAUAAAAGGAGUUAAUGCAGACCCCUUCUUUGAUUUGGGGGCCCUAGGCGGCGACACCAUUGCGAGUAAAGAAUCAAACAGAAUUUAA